UAUAAUAUAAUAUGUCAAGGCUUACAAGUUUUCUACAUCACAUACAUAUGGAAAAGAUCAAAUUAGUACAAGUUAUGAUGUAAUUUGAUAUUUAUGGUGUGUAUCACUAUGUUUUCACUGGAGUGGCACUUUAGCUUGAAGAAAACUAGAAAAAGGGAGGAGAAUGACAGGAAGAGAGCAGAGGAGGAAACAGUGAGCUAAAAGAAGGGCAAUAAGACAAGAGAAACAAAAGAGUGAAAAACAUUUGGAGGAGGUCGUGACAGCAUUGUUUGGAAGAUGUCAGUAAAGGUGCUACAUGUUGUCAUAUGUCUCAUUCUAAUGAGUGGUCUGACCUCCAGCCUUCCUCUGGAAGCUGAAACCCGACAUCGCAGGGCAGCGGAUGUUUGUACAGAGUGUCCUGCAGGAAUGUACGUGUCAUCGUGUAAGUGUAUAACAUGUCCUGAAAAUACCUUCACCAAUAAGACCAACAGAGAAUACAGCUGUCUUCCCUGCUUUAUGGACUGCAGAGCAGAAUUGCACAUGCAGGUGGUGAGUCCAUGCAGCAAGGUGGCUGAUGUGGUUUGUGAAUGUGUGAAAGGGUUUGUUUGCAGUAAGAUAGAUGUGUACACAAACCAAUGUGUCAGGUGUAAGCAGCAGCCGGUUGUGAAGACCACCUCUCAGCCAACUACACAGACCUUCCCUCGCACCGUUGCACAGACUACCUCUUAUGCCCCAGAGCAGACCACUUUGCUCCCCCUAGCAUGGACCACGAGUAUGAACAUUUGCACUGCUCAACCAGUACAUGAUAAACCACAGGGUCCUAUGUUGCAGAUAUGCAUUCUGUUUUUAGUUCUGUUUAUUUUAUUCAGUAUCAUCACAUUUUAUUUCUACAAAAGAAGAAAAAUAGACUGCUUAAAAAAACGUUUAAAGCAAUGCUCAGUACGAAAGCAAAAGGAGGACAGUAAAGCCAUAUCUUCUGAAAUAAACAAGCCGAUCAAACAGCUCCAUGCCCAGGAGAUACACACACAAACACCUAGCACUACUAACACAGACUUUCCCACUCCUCAGCCAGACAGCAGACAGCAGCCUCUACCAGCUUCUGGAAAUCUAGGUCCUCUCCACAUAUAUGGUGCAGGUACAGUGUUUGUCAGUUUGCUGAACCAAUUUGGACUGAAUGGAGGAGACAAGGAUGAAGAGGAUCACCGAGAGCAGCCUUUAAACAAUAAUGAGAUGCACAGUCCUCCUUCUCCUACAAUCCCUCUAUCCAAGGAAGAAAAGAACAGAGACAUCAGUUUCAUCUCUUUCCCCUCUCAGGAGCAAGGGAAGGAGUGUCACAUGUCAAAAGAAGAAGGACUGUGAUGGAUAUAUAAUCUUUAGUCCUUUUGGUUUGCUGUGCGAUGAUUGUUUAUGGCGCCUCACAACUUGUGAGCCCUGGGUUUUGGUUUGCCUGAAGCCUGAGUCUUCUUCCUGGUUGAGAUGUGAGCUCUUUUGUGGAAAAAAUUACUAUACCAUCUAACUCUAACCUGGAUAUCUUGACCUGGCUCAUGUGUGGAUUUGACUAUGAAAGCAUGCUUAGCUGUGUGUGCGUAUGUGGUGGGACGUCAAUGAAGAUGAAUGGAAAUCUCCAAAAGGCCUGGAUAAAAACAUCUGGAUGCAAUGCAUAUAUAUAUACUUAAUGUCAGUUUUUAAGUGUUUCAGCUUAUUAGAAAUAUAUGGAUUUAGGGACUGCAUUCAAAAUUAGAAAGAAUUUGCACAUGAUUUUUUUUAUCCUAAGUUAUUAUACGUUAUUUUUUUCUGUAAACCUCUGUAAAUCUGUAUAAUUAAAGAAAUACAAUUGUGCCAUAAAUUUUAAUUUUAUGCCGUU